AAUUAUUCAAAGUAUCAUAAAUGUAUUCAUCCUAAUUCUUGAUCAAGCUAUUCUUGCUUAGACAACAUGGUGCCAUUUACUGAGCUUACUACAGCAGCUAUAAUUUUCCUUAUAUCACAUAUUCUCAUUUCAACUCUUCUUUCAAAAACUACCGGCCGCCGCCGCCGUCUCCCGCCGGGCCCGAGGGGCUGGCCGGUGAUCGGCGCACUACCAUACUUAGGAGCCAUGCCACAUGUUUCACUUGCAAAAAUGGCCAAAAAAUAUGGACCUGUUAUGUAUUUAAAAGUUGGCACAUGUGGUAUGGCUGUUGCUUCUACUCCUGAUGCUGCUAAAGCAUUCUUGAAAACACUUGAUAUCAACUUCUCCAAUCGUCCACCUAAUGCAGGUGCCACCCACUUGGCCUAUAAUGCACAAGACAUGGUUUUUGCACAUUAUGGACCACGUUGGAAGUUGCUAAGGAAAUUGAGCAACUUGCAUAUGCUAGGGGGAAAAGCCUUAGAAAAUUGGACAAAUGUACGUGCCAAUGAGCUAGGGCACAUGCUAAAAUCGAUGUCCGAAAUGAGCCGAGAAGGCGAACGAGUGGUGGUGGCGGAGAUGCUGACAUUCGCUAUGGCGAAUAUGAUAGGACAAGUAAUAUUAAGCAAGCGAGUUUUCGCGAAAAAAGGUGCUGAGGUUAAUGAAUUUAAGGAUAUGGUGGUGGAGUUAAUGACAGUAGCAGGGUAUUUUAACAUUGGAGAUCUUAUUCCUUCAUUAGCUUGGUUGGAUUUACAAGGGAUAGAAAGAGGAAUGAAGAAUUUACACAAGAAAUUUGAUGCUUUGUUGACAAAGAUGUUUGAUGAACACAAGGAAACUAGCUAUGAACGUAAAGGGAAAGAGGAUUUUCUUGAUGUUGUUAUGGCAAAUAGGGAUAAUUCUGAAGGAGAAAGGCUCACUACAACUAAUAUCAAAGCACUUUUGCUGAAUUUGUUCACUGCUGGUACAGACACUUCUUCUAGUGUAAUAGAAUGGGCACUUGCAGAAAUGAUGAAAAAUCCAAAAAUUCUCAAAAAAGCACAAGCAGAAAUGGAUCAAGUUAUUGGGAAAAAUAGGCGUUUACUUGAAUCUGAUAUCCCAAAUCUUCCUUAUCUUCGAGCAAUUUGCAAAGAAACAUUUCGAAAACAUCCAUCUACACCAUUAAAUCUCCCUAGAAUCUCGAACGAACCGUGUGAAGUGAAUGGUUAUUACAUACCAAAAAACACUAGGCUCAGCGUUAAUAUUUGGGCGAUUGGAAGAGAUCCUGAUGUAUGGGAAAAACCGCUAGAGUUUAAUCCUGAAAGAUUCUUGAGUGGGAAAAACGCGAAGAUAGAUCCACGAGGGAAUGAUUUUGAGCUAAUUCCAUUUGGUGCAGGACGAAGGAUAUGUGCAGGGACAAGAAUGGGAAUAGUAAUGGUGGAGUAUAUAUUGGGAACUUUGGUUCAUUCAUUUGAUUGGAAAUUACCAAAUGAUGUUAUUGAGUUAAAUAUGGAGGAAGCUUUUGGAUUAGCUUUGCAGAAAGCUGUCCCUCUUGAAGCUAUUGUUACUCCAAGAUUAACUUUGGAUGUUUAUGCACCUUAAUAUUUGGUUUCAAUUUUGGAUGAAAAUAAAAUUUGGAUUUGGUGCUUGCUAUUA